AAAGCCUAGGCCCAGAUGUGCGCCAUCCCAUUUUACUCUCGUCCUCUCACCCUGUCUCCAAACUCCUGAUCCAACAUUAUGACAAACAGCUAAACCACCCUGGAGCAGAGCGUGUUUUUGCUGAGCUGCGAAGAAAAUACUGGCUACUUAGAGGGAGAGAAGCCAUCAGGAAGCACCAGCAUAACUGUGUGGACUGCAGGAAAUGGCGAGGCAGCCCUCAAGUCCCAAGGAUGGCAGAUCUUCCACCCUCCAGUUUGAGGCUUUACAAACCACCUUUCUAUUCCACAGGGGUGGACUGCUUUGGUCCAAUGAUGAUAAAGGAGGGACGUCGCAACGAAAAGAGGUGGGGCAUCCUGUAUAAGUGCCUUACCACCCGAGCUGUCCAUCUAGACCUCCUCCCAAAUAUGGACACCGAUUCCUUCCUAAUGUCACUCAGACGUUUUAUAUCUCGAAGAGGAAAGCCUCAUGAGAUCCUUUCAGACCAGGGAACUAAUUUCAAAGGUGGAGAUAAAGAACUUAAAGAAGCCUUCAGUGCCCUGGAACAAGCAGUGAAGGACCAACUUGCUGCACAACAGAUUCACUUCCGCUUUAAUCCCCCAAAUGCUCCGCAUUUUGGUGGGUCUUGGGAGCGAGAGGUUAGAUCAGUAAAGAACGCUCUCCGGAUCGCUCUUGGAGUUCAGUCAGUGCCAGAGGAGGUGUUGAGAACAGUUCUUAUUGAAAUAGAGGGUAUUCUCAACUCCAGGCCCUUGGGUUACGUUUCAUCUGAUCUGGCUGAUCCAGAUCCAGUCACGCCCAACUGUUUGUUGAUGGGGCGGCCGGACUCCUCCCUUCCACAAGUGGUCUAUCCCGAGUCGGAACUGUUAAGUCGAAAAAGGUGGCGACAUUCUCAGGUUUUAACAGAUCACUUCUGGAAGCAUUACAUCCGCCACUUUCUUCCGACAUUACAAGCCAGACAGAAAUGGCAAACAGAAAAGGAUGACAUCACUGUAGGCACUAUAGUGCUGAUUGUUGACCAACAGACACCAAGAGCCCUCUGGCAAAUAGGAACAGUGACAAGUGUCAUACCUGGAGCAGACGGACGCGUGAGGACAGCUGUGGUUCAAGUUAAAGGCAGGACCUACACUCGGCCAGUUGUUCGCCUCAUAAAGCUGCAUGCUCUACCUCCAGAUGAUUAAUACACCUACUGGUCAAAUUUGAGUGUCAAAUUUGGGGGCGGCUGUACAAAAGACUGUUAAUUAUUUGUUUUCAGCCCUCUAGUUUAGGUUCCUUAUCAGUGUUUUAGAUGUAGUAUUUUAUUUCAGCCACUAGAUGGCUUCACAUUCAUAUUUGUUACAUCUUGUAUAUGGAUCUGAGCAUUGAGUGGUGCGGCUCUCAAGGCUGAUUUCGUUUACUUCGUUCUAUUGUGUGCGUCCAAUGAACAAAACCACACACACACACACACACACAC